CCAGCCCAACCCAGCCAAGUGGGGCCACGAAUAGAAGAUGCCACUCUUCCCCACUCCACUCCGAGCCCUAUUCUCCCCCUCCACCGCCGCCUCCUCCACCGCCGCCGCCCCGCCGCCCCGUCGACCGCCGCUCGCGGGGGCUCUCCUCUUCCUCAGCCUAGGAGCCGUAGCCGGUUGCGCCCUCUCCACUCGCCGUGUCCCCUUCCUCCGGGCGAUAAGUUCUGCUAGAAUGGAAUCUACUUCCACGACCGUGCCUUCCAUUGUUGUAUAUGUGACAGUUCCAAAUCGGGAAGCAGGCAAAAAGCUAUCAGCAAGCAUUAUCAGUGAGAAACUUGCUGCUUGUGUGAACAUAGUGCCUGGAAUCGAAUCUGUUUACUGGUGGGAGGGAAAGGUGCAAACUGAUGCUGAAGAGCUGCUCAUCAUCAAGACCAGAGAAUCUCUUCUAAAUGCCUUGACUGAACAUGUCAAAGCUAACCAUGAGUACGACGUUCCUGAAGUCAUUGCGCUGCCCAUCAGCGGAGGCAACCUCAAGUACUUGGAGUGGCUCAAGAACAGCACCAGGGAGAAUUAAUCUGGCCAGAGCUGCUUCCCAUGGACCGCAUCUGUGAGUAGAGUACCUAGUGGUGUGGAGUGUCUGUUCUGGUUUGGGACAUUGUGCUUGUGCAGAAAGACUUUAGUGGCCUCUGUGCGUCUAUGGCGUGGCUGCGACGAAUCGGUCGAUCUGUACUGUCUCCUAGGGUCAAAUAAACUUUCAGAAGCGUGUAGCGCCAAGUCGACUGCACAAAUUCCUCUUGUCGCGCUCGUGGAUUAUCUCAUCACCAUGUUCCUUCAGCUAAUCUCUUGAAAGAAAAACCAUGGGUAUUAUCUGCCAUCAAA